AUGGAGGUUGUUGAAGCAUCUACUCGUAGUCUUGACAAUUCCUCUGAGACGCCAAGUGGAGGGAGGCUUCUCAAGAUAGAACCUUCGGAACUGAGAUUUACCUUUGAGCCAAAGAAGCAGAUAUCUUGCUGUCUUCACUUGUCUAAUUUGAUGAAUAGCCCUGUUGCUUUCAAGGUUUUAACGACCAAUAAGACUGUCUAUGUUGUCCGCCCAAACACUGGAAUUAUUUUGCCAGGGACAACAUGUGGUAUCACAGUUACAAUGCAAGCUCAGAAUAAGCCCUGCACAGCCAAGCAAUGCGAGGACAAAUUUAAGAUUCAAAGUGUCCUUGUCAGCGCAUGUGCAGACUUAAACCACAUCACCAAGAAUGUGUUUGAUAAGGAGGAAGGGUUUUCUAUUGAAGAAUACAAAUUGCCAGUUGUUUACCUGUCCACAGCUCUACCACUUUCGCUGGAGUCUGAGCAAGCCAACACAUUGCUAACAGAUGGCACACAUUUGAAUUCUUCUCAGAUGAGCACAAUGGAGAUGCCUGAUGUCAUCAAAUUUCCUUUUGAGGCGAAUAAGCAGAUUUCCAGUUCUCUCCAAUUUUCAAAUACGACUGCAAAUUAUGUUGCUUUCAAGGUCAUGACCACAAACCCGAAGAACUACAGUGCUCGACCAAUCCGAGGUGUUAUGGUUCCUCAAUCUACAUUUAGUAUCACAGUGACAAUGCAAGCUCAGAAAGCUCCUCCGAAUGCACCAAGCAAGGACAAGUUUCUCAUUCGAAGUGCAGUUGUUAGUCCCAGUACCACUGAAAAAGACAUCAACUGGGACCUGUUCGGCGAGGACGGACUGGUUAAGGACCAUAAACUGAGAGCGAUUCAUACUCUGUCACCGACAAUUUACCUUAUUAGGCUAACCUAA